UAAUCGGUCAUCAAAUAAAGCAUCUGGCUGCAGGUCGAUACGGACACUCUCGCUGUGGUUUCUGUCACUCAGAGACACACAUACCACUGAUACAUAGUCUAAUCAUGUAUGUCAAGCCCAUACUAUGGAUCCUACUCGUCACCUCUGUCCAGGAGGUGUCCCUGCAGGAGUCAGAGUUUAAUUAUUAUGAAGAAGAAACGUAUGAGGAUCCACAACCUCUGAACUGCUCAACCACAGAGAGCAUCAAAGGUGGACACGUCACCUACUCACAGGGAGGGCUGGAGGGCAGCGUGCUGACCUAUCACUGCGGCCCGGGCCGAUACCCGUCCCCGGUCAGCUACAGGCUCUGCAGCGCUGAUGGGGAGUGGUCGCUCAUGAGACUAACCGGUGGCAGACAGGUGUUGAGUGCCACAUGCAAAGAUGUGUUGUGUCCGGCUCAGCUCCAGCUGGACCACGGUGACUACUGGCCCAGGGACCAGUGGUUCCGUGAUGGGACGACGCAGAGCUUCUCCUGCCAGGAAGGGUUCACCCUGUACGGCUCAGCCCAGAGGAACUGCACCCUCUCUGGGGAGUGGACAGGAACCACUCCCGUCUGUGACAACCAUGCUGACGACUGUAGUGACCCCGGGAUCCCAGCGGGGGCCCAGAGGACUGCAGGCCGGUUUCACACAGGGGAGAAGGUGAUCUACCGGUGUCAGGCCGGUCUGAAUCUACUUGGGUCGGCUGAAAGGGUUUGCCUGGAGAACAGGGAGUGGAGCGGUACAACACCACGGUGCCAAGGCCCGCAUACCUUUGACUCCCCCGACGUUGUGGCAGCAGCCAUGGCGGGGUCACUUGCAGGAGUCAUGGAUGUACUCUCACCAGACUCCAAAAAGAAAGAUGCCAGGAAGUCCUUUGGCCGAACCGUCCGUGUGGCUGAAGGCAGUCGUAUGAAUGUCUACAUUUUACUGGACACAUCAGGAAGCAUCAAAAAGAAGGACUUUGAUUUAUCCAGAAAAGCCACCAUUGCUCUUAUCAGAAAGCUGGACAGCUACGAGGUUCAGCUGAAGUUCCACGUGUUGUCAUUUGCCAGCGAGGCUAUAGACAUCUUGGACAUCAGAGACUCGGAUAGAAGUAGUAGCAUCGACGACAUCAUCUACAAUCUGGAGGAGUUCAACUACAGCAGCCACGGGAGUAAGACGGGCACCAACCUCCACGCUGCCCUGUACCGUGUCAACGAGGUGAUCAACUUCUUUAAGCAACACAGCGUCAGGAACCAUUUUAAUGAGACUCAGAACAUCAUCAUCAUAGAAACAGACGGUUACUCCAACGUAGGCAUAAAGCCUGAGAUUGCCCUCAAUCAGAUCCGCAAUCUGCUGGGCUACCACGACACACGGACACAAGAUCACACAGAUGAAACAAUGCUGGAUGUCUAUGUGUUUGGUAUUGGCGACCAAGUGAACAAAGAUCAGUUGAACUUGUUGGCCUCAAAGAAACGUGGUGAGCAGCAUGUUUUCAUUGUGGAAGACUACGAAACACUGGGCACGGUGUUCAACAGCAUCAUUAGUGACAAGAGUGUGACGAUGUGUGGGGUCGCUCAGGAAUUGGAGGAGGGUAAGACGGCUUACACCCGACCUUGGCACGUCACUGUGGAAGCAAAGGUCCCAAAGCCUGACCCGUGUGUUGGAUCCAUUGUGAGCCAGAACUGGGUGCUGACAGCUGCUCACUGCUUUACCAGAGCAAGCACAGAGGUCCCGCCCGAGACUUACAUAGGUCACGGUGAGGGCAAGGUGGUUUCCAAGAAUGUGAUCAUACACCCAGAGUACAACACCAGGGCACUUAAACACAGAAACGUAUCGGAGUUCUAUGACUACGAUGUAGCUCUGGUACAGGUGAACAACAGUAUCCCGCUCUCCUGGAAAGCCAGACCUAUCUGCUUGCCGUGUACCGUACCAGCCAGCCGAGCCAUGAAGAAGGUCAACUCCACCUGUCAGCAGCACAGGAAGGAGCUACUACCGCACAAGGACACUGCUGCCUUUUUCAUCCAUAAGAGCUCCGAACGCAAACAAACACAUAUUCACAUAGAGAGUCAGAGGCGUAGCUGUGUGGAGAAGGCGAGGCAAACACUGAAAGAGCCCACCGAUGUGACCUUGGAUGAGUAUGUACCUGACAGACUCCUCUGUUCUGGGGGAUCCUCCGGAUACCAGGACGCCAUCACCUGUAAAGGUGACUCUGGUGGAUCCUUGUUUCUGCAAAAAAGAAAGCGCUACUUUCAGGUGGGAGUCGUGAGCUGGGGCACCACCAACGUAUGCGACCCAAGUAUUAGAAGGUCCAGCAAAGACAGCCCGCCUCCCGAUGCUCGCGACUUUCACAUCGACCUGUUCAAGAUAAUGCCGUGGCUGAAACAGUAUCUGGGCGAGGAGAUACAGUUCCUGCCGGAGAUCAACUGAGAACAUCUAUCAGCUGAGAACUGCUUAGAUUAAAGAGAGAUGCCCCAGGUGAAUAGGGUAAAAAAAAUUGAUAUUACCAUGAAAUUUCCCCAGUUUAUUACUCACAUCAAGACGAUUCUUUUUUGUGUUACAAGUUUUUUUAAAAUGUUAUGUUUAAAUAUGUAAAUGAGGCAUUAUCUAAUGCUAACUUUUGGUGAAUUUAGGAGAAAUCUACAGACAUAAAUAGAGAAAGUAGUAAAAUAAACACCUAAAUGUGUAUUUGGGGUGUUUUCUUUCCACUAGUCUGAAAGAAGACAUGUUAUGGAAUCAAAAUAGCCCAAAAUCUCAACAUUUUCACCUGGGGUGUCUCCCAUAAGGUAAUGCAGAAUUCAAUAGAGCUUGUGGGAAUAAUCAUAGCCAAUCACAGACAGUUAUAUCAAGUGUUUUCCAAAGCUUUAUUGUCAAAUGUCAUACCAUUGAUUUUUCUACCUGUGGUGCAGUAAACUCACUUGUAAAGGAAGACGUUUUGUCAUACACAACAUAAAAAUGUAAUCCUUCUUGUUUUAACACUUUGUUCUCUCUAAACUCAACAUGUAUAACACACAUGCAUAAUCUGAGUUGUUUGAUAAAACACUGCUUUAAACUCAA